CGCUGGUUCGUCCCGACUGCGUGUUGGCGGCAGUGGCUCCGGACCCGGGGCCGCCCGGGGGCUCUGCGGCUCUCGGACUGGGCGAGGUGCCCAAGGAGCUGGCGGAGAUCCACCUGGCGGCGGUCCGCCUGGAGGAGCGGCUGGCGUGGCUGCAGACGGCGCUCGAGGAGGAGGAGUUUAUGCGUGAGCUCGGACCGGACAUGCGGUUCGCUCUUUGGUAUGAGGACGACACCUACUGUCACGAGCGGGUAGCGCAGGCUGUUCACCUCGUUUCCGGCGCGGAGCUUCUGGAUCCGAUGAAGGGGCACUUCUACAGGUUAGGUGCCGCGCUCGACGCGUCCGAGCUGGUGGCCAUCACGCUGCAGCUCGUGCCGCUGGUGGUGGAUGACGGCCGCGCGGCGCCAGGCGUUGCGCCAGGCGCGGCGGCCCUGCCGCUGGCCGCGCCGGCUGCCCCGCCAUCGGACGUCACGUCGCUGAUCAUCGACCCGGUGCAUCCCCAUUUCGGACGAGAACGGCACCCGUCCACUGAUGCGGAGAUGGCGGGAGAAUAUGCGAGGGCUCUAGAUGUCAAUCGUCGGCCGGUGCCAGUGAAGCGUGUGCCGAUCUCCGACGUCGUGACCUUCCUUGACACGGUGCACAUGCGGGUGCCCAAAAUCUUGGAUGACGAGGCUGCCGCCGUGAAGGCGGACGGAGGGCUGGCGGGCCGUUUGGGCGAUGCCUUAGACGGUGGCACGAAGACGCCCCCAGCCGGUGAGGAUGCGAGGACCCUGACGGUGAGCUACGACGAGCGCGGGGAGCGGCACCAGGACUGGCGGUCAGUCUGCGCGGAGAUCUCGUACAGCCAUUUCGGUGACUGGGAGAAGUACCAUGAGGGGCCUCCUGUGACGUUGUCGUUGCUCAAGAACAUCCAGCGUCAGGGAGGCGACCCCCGCCUGUUCUUUCCCAUCUGGCGUCGAGAUUCGGGCGUGAGCCCGCAGGGGCGCACGGGCGUCGAGUUGAAGCUGCUGCUGAAGAGCCUCUACCUGAGCGGCUGCUACGACCAGGUCAACGGCCCUUCCUUGGCGAGCGUCGAGGCCGUGUCGAGGAGGGUGUGCCAGACCAUCGAGGCCUACUCGACAGGGGCCCCUGGCCGCGCCGACUGGGAGGGCGUGAAGCACUUCAUGCCGCUGACCAAUGUAACCUCAGUUGUGCCUCCAGAGCUCCGCUCUCGCGCUCAUCGUCGUGCGAAGGAGGAGGUGGGGAUCGAGAACAUGCGACCGAAGGCGCGUGGCCUGCAGUCUGCCGCGGGCGUCAAGGGCGGUCAGCCGACCCUCCCCGGCCCGGGAGGGGGCGGCCGAGGUGGCAGCCCUAAGGGCGACCCGAAGGGCGGCGGACGUGGGGGCGGCCCGCAGGGAGGGGCUGGCGCGGAGGCGGGGAAGGCCUCGGGCCUGAAAGGCCAUUUGCGACGCCUGAAUGCAGACGUGAACGCAACUGUGAAGGCUUUGAAUUGGAUGGCUGGGGGUCGGCGUCAGCCCGAGUACGGGCCACCGCGCACCCCAGAACAGGCUAGUGUGCAUGCGCGCGUGCGAGGAAGGAUUUUGUCCCUUUUGACCUCGGACGUCGCGAUCCCUAGCCGGCGAGCGGCUUUUUUGGAGCUGCUGCACGGCCGAGCUGUGUAUGAUGCAGAGCCCGGUGGACACGACCUUGCCAGUUUCUCCAAUGUUGCCUCUGUGAGCCUACCUGACAGCCUCGUGGGCGCCCCCUCGGUGCAGGAGGUUGUGGGCCCAGAGGCAAGCCAAUGCUUGGGGCAGAACUACGAGCGCAUGCUGCGCCCCUCUUCGGACUUUUUGGAGCGACAGGAGUCAAUGCCCCCUAUAACUCCCUAUUGGGAUCCUGUGCUGGCUCGGGGCCGCCGCAAGUUUCUGCGGCUGAUGCGGGCGCUCUUGCGGGUCGGGCUGGCCACGCUUUUGCCGGCGGGCUCGUCGCAGGAGCAAGUCGGUAUGUUCUUUGUAAAGAAGACCGGCAAAAGGGUCUUCAGCUUCGUCGAGUCGGACACGGGCCACGAGAAGGGGGCGGUCCUGGAAGGCUCAGGGGUCUGUCAUUACAUCUACGUCGACAACCUGGGCGUUCUCUCAUGCGACCCCUCCCACACAUCGACUCUUCUGUCCGACGCGGCGGCCCGCUUUGAGGAGGCGGGUUUUGUAACCCACGAGCAUGAGGUGAGCGUCAAUUCCGUAAAGGCUCUUGGGACUCACGUGGAUCUUGAGAAGUUUGGAGUCUCGCUCGCACCUGCUAGGCUGUGGAAAGUGCGUCAAGGGGUCCUUUACGCCCUGUCGUGUCGGAAGCUGCCCGGUCGGGUCUGGGAAGUGCUGUUGGGUCACCUCGCAUUCUGUGCGCUGAUCAAUCGUAGCAUGAUGAGCGUUUUCAGGAGUAUCUACGCGUUCAUGAACAAGUACUACGCUACGCCCAUGCCUUUGUGGGACACAGCUAGACAGGAGAUGUCGGCUGCAGCCUCUCUGUUGUUCUUGAUGGAUGCUUCGUGGACUUUACCCUGGUCCCCAAACGUCGUGGCGACUGACGCCUCAGAGGAGGGGUUCGGGGCCACGGUCUCGGAGUGGGACACCCAGGACGUCUCGGAGGUGGGGGGGAUCUUGGAGAGAGGUCCGUGGAAAUAUUUUGACGAGGGUAUCUUUGCCUUGGAAGCCAGAGCCCUGCUGUUGGGAUUCCAGGCGCUGGUGAGCGAGUACAAUGUCAGAAACGCGAGGGUGCUCUUCUUGGUUGACAACGUGGGGGUAUGCCUGUCCUUCGCCAGGGGGCGCACCACGGACUUCAGGCCGACCCGUUCCCGUCGCCUACCGCCCGGGGAUAUGCUGAUGGCGAAGCUCGAGCAGGCUCCGAAGGAGCACAACGCGCCGGCCCUCGACGAGCUGAACGACGAGGAGGCCUCGAACGUGGUCGAGGAGAGCGACGCGACCUCCGACGCGGUCCAGGUCCGAGCGCGGCCGGCCCGCCGCACGCGAGUGUUGGCGGCCCCACGUCUAAAGCGAGCACGCCAACCCGUGGAAGCGAGCCGCCUACAAGGACUGGGCCUCUUGCCGCUGGAGUCGAGCGCGGUGCAGGCGAAGACGGAGAUCCAGUACCACGAGGAGGUGUACACGUGGCGAGCUCGGGCCCGCGAGUUGGGCGAGCCUCUCGGCGUGGCUGUCGAGGUGGACGCCUCGGUGGGGCGGCAGCCUCAAGAGCUUUUCGACCAGGGCGAGAACCUCAGCAAGGGCGAAAAGCUCGUGGCCGGGUUGGAGCAUUUCCUGCCCGAUUUCAAACGCCACGGUGGCCUUCAUCUAUCCCGCUGUUAUCGAGCCUUGAAGGAAUGGAGGCGCCGCCGUCCGCCGCGAUCGCGCCGCCCCCUGGCCUUCAGCAUCUGGGCGGCCAUCAUUUGGGAGCUGUGCCGCGCCAGCUGCUGGAACAUGAAGGUCUACGCGCUGUUCAUGCCGGUGACGUGCAUGCGGCCGUCGGAGCCGCCGAAGUUGUUGAAGGGGGAUCUCUUUGCGCCAGCGCGCAGACUCUCUGCCUCAUGGAUCUGCUUCGCUUUUCGGCAGGAGCGGGGAGCGGCGUCCAAGACAUACGCGACGGACGAGAGCAUCGACCUGAGUUGCAAGUGGGUGCCCUACCUGUCGUCGGUGGUGGCGGCGCUCCGGGCUGGGGGCCCGAAGUCCAAGGUCUUCAACUUCACGUGCAACAGCUACACGCACCAGUUCAGAAUCGCCUGCAAGAAGCUCGGGCUGACGGCCGUGCCUUAUCAGGCAAGGCACUCAGACGCCUCCAUCGACGCCGCCAUGAAGUACCGCACAAGAGCCGAGAUCAAAAGCAGGGGAAGAUGGAAAGCGGACAGGUCGGUGUUGAGGUACGACAGUAUGGCCAAGAUCGUCGAGAGCGUGGGCAUGCUGACCGGCUCGUUGGCGUCUCACGUGCACAGGUGCGAGCUCCAGCUCGGGGCCCUUUUGUGCGGCCAGAUCGACCCCUCGGCCAUCGCGCCGCCCGUCAUCCAGUGCAGUAUCCGAGCCCGCCUGUGGGACAAGUCCAUCUCUGACUCUCUGGGCCUCACGGUCCUGAAGAAUAUCCAGCUCUUGUGCUCAGAGGCUAAAAGCAAUAAGCUCGUGGCGGCCAUGAUCGCUAUUGAAUGCCGUUCGUGGGGUGUUGCACGCCGCAGAACCAAUGUAAUGCGCUCGCGAUCCGAGCCCUGGGGAGUUACCAAGCCGGCCAAACCUUUCUCGGUCAACGACGUGGAAGCCCUCAGGACUGGAAACCUCCACGCCCGCAGGAUCCUCAAGCUUAUCAAGUGCAUCCAUGUUCUCGGUAUCCC